AUGAAGUUGCUAGUGUUUUUGAGCGCCACCCUGGCGUGUUUCGCGAUGGCAAUGGCGGAUGUAACACCUCGUCGGGAUGCCGAAUACCCGCCGCCAGAGAUACUGGAAGCGCUAAAGCCUCUGCAUGACAUCUGCGUUGGCAAGACGGGCGUGACGGAUGAGGCCAUCAAGAAGUUCAGCGAUGAGGAAAUCCACGAGGACGAGAAGCUCAAGUGCUACAUGAACUGCAUCUUCCACGAGGCAAAGGUGGUCGACGACAACGGUGAGGUGCAUCUGGAAAAGCUGCACGACAUGUUGCCCGACUCGAUGCACGAUAUCGCGCUUCACAUGGGCAAACGGUGCCUCUACCCUGAGGGUGAAACUCUCUGCGACAAGGCGUUCUGGUUGCACAAGUGCUGGAAGCAGGCUGACCCUAAGCACUACUUCCUGGUGUAGGCGGUGGGUGUCUUUCGACCAUCGCGCAGGGUAUGGACGCUCCGUUUCAUCGCCAGCGAUGGAUGGGGAACCGCACCGUAAAGGAUCUGUCUGCCAUGAGCCGGUUGCAUCGCUCGAUCCGGCGUCAGGUUCGCGCCUCGGAAUAGUAAUUAACCUCAUUUUUUUUCUCGCCUUCCGUACGCCCG